UUGUUAUGUUUUAAUUUUUCCUGAUCUGAAAACUGAUCAAAGGGUUUCCGUUUCGCCGCUCAGUUUUUGUAGGAAAGGAUCUGACUUUUGAGUAAUGGCUCCAGCUAAAGUUGAUGUCACUAAGAAGGCUGACCCAAAGGCCAAGGCCUUGAAAGCUGCGAAAGCGGUGAAAUCAGGGCAAGUCAUCAAGAAGAAGGCCAAGAAGAUCAGGACGAAGGUGACGUUCCACAGGCCAAAGACAUUGACAAAGGCCAGGGACCCCAAGUACCCACGCAUCAGUGCAACUCCAAGGAAUAAGUUGGACCACUACGGAAUCCUCAAGUACCCACUCACCACUGAGUCAGCAAUGAAGAAGAUCGAAGACAACAACACCUUGGUCUUCAUUGUUGAUAUCCGUGCUGACAAGAAGAAGAUCAAGGAUGCUGUCAAGAAGAUGUAUGACAUUCAGACCAAGAAAGUCAAUACCCUCAUCAGGCCUGAUGGAACGAAGAAAGCGUACGUGAGAUUGACUCCUGAUUAUGAUGCUUUGGAUGUGGCUAACAAAAUAGGAAUCAUCUAAGUUAUUAAUUUAUUAUCAUCUGAGCUCCGUCAUUUUACUUUUGCAGUUAAAAACAGACUUCUCGUCUUAGUAUCAGUUUUGCUAGAAAAGAUAAUCUCUUUGUUGUGCUUUAUCGUUGGAUUCGAAGCUUUGUUUUGGUAUUUAUUUUUCAUCUUGUUCCCCAAUUUCUA